GCCACCCAGCCUCCGGCCGCGCCGCGCGGAGCUGCGUCCCGGGACUUGGGGCCGCGGGGAGUCCUGCAGUUGAGCCUGUAGGCGCUCGGAGCUGCUGCUUCCUCCUGGAGUGUGGAAGGUCCCGUCCCAGGUUCCGCCCCGGGCACCUGCGUCCCGGCUUUGCUGCCAGCCAGACGCCUGUCUCCACCAGCAGCCACUGGAGUCCACAGGCCGAGAGCCAGGGAGGCUCCUGGGUGACCUGAGCCCGAGUGCUCCGAGCUGAGGCUGGAGCCCAGAGCAGCUGCACCGAGUGAGGAGACAACGCACUCUAACGGCCUCCAGCAGGGCCCAGGAAGCGGCACGCCGAGCCCAGAUUCUGCAGCCCCCUGCCCAGCAUGGCGUCUGCUGAUGAGAAUGGCGGGAGACUCUCCUCUGUGUCCAGCAGCCGCCUGCAGAGCCGGAAGCCGCCUAAUCUGUCCAUCACCAUCCCGCCGCCCGAGACACAGCCCCCAGGGGAACAGGACAGCAUGCUGCCGGAGAGGCCCAAGAACCCAGCCUACCUGAAGAGCAUCAGCCUCCAGGAGCCGCGGGGACGAUGGCAGGAGGGCGCGGAGAAGCGGCCCGGCUUCCGCCGCCAGGCCUCCCUGUCCCAGAGCAUCCGCAAGGGCACGGCCCAGUGGUUCGGGGUGAGCGGCGACUGGGAGGGCAAGCGGCAGCACUGGCAGUGCCGCAGCCUGCACCAUUGCAGCGUGCGCUACGGCCGCCUCAAGGCCUCCUGCCAGAGGGAGCUGGAGCUGCCCAGCCAGGAGGUGCCGUCCUUCCAGGGCACCGAGUCCCCCAAACCCUGCAAGCUGCCCAAGAUCGUGGAUCCACUGGCCCGCGGCCGGGCCUUCCGCCACCCGGACGAGGUGGACCGGGCCCACGCGCCGCACCCGCCGCUCACGCCGGGGGUGCUGUCCCUCACCUCCUUCAGCAGUGUGCGCUCCGGCCUCUCCCACCUGCCCAGGCGCAAGAGGAUGUCUGUGGCCCACAUGAGCUUCCAGGCCGCCGCUGCCCUCCUCAAAGGGCGCUCUGUGCUGGAAGCCACAGGCCAGCGGUGCCGGGUGGUCAAGCGCAGCUUUGCUUACCCCAGCUCCCUGGAAGAGGACGUGGUCGAUGGGGCAGACACCUUCGACUCCUCGUUUUUUAGUAAGGAAGAGAUGAGCUCCAUGCCCGAUGACGUGUUCGAGUCUCCCCCACUCUCUGCCAGCUAUUUUCGCGCCGGCCCUCGCUCGGCCUCCCCGGUGUCCCCGGAGAGGGUGCAGAUCCCUCUGAAGGAGUAUGGCCGAGCCCAGGGCCCCGUGACCAAGCGCGGCCGGCGCAUCGCGUCCACAGUGAAGCACUUUGCCUUCGACCGGAAGAAGCGGCACUACGGGCUGGGCGUGGUGGGCAACUGGCUGAACCGCAGCUACCGUCGCAGCAUCAGCAGCACCGUGCAGCGGCAGCUGGAGAGCUUCGACAGCCACCGGCCCUACUUCACCUACUGGCUGACCUUCGUCCACAUCAUCAUCACGCUGCUGGUGAUCUGCACCUACGGCACCGCGCCUGUGGGCUUCGCCCAGCACGUCACCACCCAGCUGGUGCUGCGGAACAAAGGUGUGUACGAGAGCGUCAAGUACAUCCAACAGGAGAACUUCUGGAUCGGCCCCAGCUCGAUCGACCUGAUCCACCUGGGGGCCAAGUUCUCGCCGUGCAUCCGGAAGGACCAGCAGAUCGAGCGGCUGGUGCGGCGGGAGCGAGACCUGGAGCGGGACUCUGGCUGCUGUGUCCAGAACGACCACUCGGGCUGCAUCCAGACCCUGCGCAAGGACUGCUCGGAGACUUUGGCCACUUUUAUCAAGUGGCAGGAAGACACAGGGCCCCCCCUGGACAAGUCUGACCUGGGCCAGAAGCGGACGUCAGGGGCUGUGUGCCACCAGGACCCCAGUCUGGCCUCUGCCUCCAGGACCUGCGAGGAACCGGCCUCCAGCGGUGCCCACAUCUGGCCUGACGAUAUCACCAAGUGGCCGAUCUGCACGGAGCAGGCCGAGAGCAACCACACAAGCUUCCCGCACAUGGACUGUGAGAUCAAGGGUCGCCCCUGCUGCAUCGGCACCAAGGGCAGCUGUGAGAUCACCACGCGGGAAUACUGUGAGUUCAUGCACGGCUAUUUCCACGAAGAAGCGACGCUCUGCUCCCAGGUGCACUGCCUGAACAAGGUGUGCGGGCUGCUGCCAUUCCUCAACCCGGAGGUCCCGGAUCAGUUCUACCGGCUCUGGCUGUCUCUGUUCCUGCACGCUGGCGUGGUGCACUGCCUCGUGUCUGUGGUCUUCCAAAUGACCAUCCUGCGGGACCUGGAGAAGCUGGCCGGCUGGCACCGCAUCUCCAUCAUCUUCAUCCUCAGCGGCAUCACGGGCAACCUCGCCAGCGCCAUCUUCCUCCCGUACCGGGCAGAGGUCGGCCCGGCCGGCUCGCAGUUCGGCCUGCUCGCCUGCCUCUUCGUGGAGCUGUUCCAGAGCUGGCAGCUGCUGGAGCGGCCCUGGAAGGCCUUCCUGAACCUGGCGGCCGUGGUGCUCUUCCUGUUUGUGUGCGGCCUGCUGCCCUGGAUCGACAACAUCGCGCACAUCUUCGGCUUCCUCAGCGGCCUGCUGCUCGCCUUCGCCUUCCUGCCCUACAUCACCUUCGGCACGAGCGACAAGUACCGCAAGCGCGCCCUCAUCCUGGUGUCGCUGCUGGUCUUCGCCGGCCUGUUCUCCUCGCUGGUCCUCUGGCUCUACAUCUACCCCAUCAACUGGCCCUGGAUCGAGUACCUCACCUGCUUCCCCUUCACCGGCCGCUUCUGCGAGAAGUACGAGCUGGACCAGGUGCUGCACUGAUCGCCCCCGCCAGGGCUGGGCCAGAGUUGACAAGGGCGGGCUCCCUGGAACUCUGGGGCCACGCUGGGGACACUCAGGGCACCUGCUUCUCCCAGGCUCCGACGUCGCCCCUCUCGUCUGCUGUGGGGCCCUCCUCUGGGGAGUGGGUUUUUUUUUCCUUCCCGGCGUCCUCAGCGGCCACCUCUGCCAGUGCCUUCUCCCGGCUGUCGGCGUGAGCGGCCGUCGCUAGGGACCCGGCCGCCUCGCAGCUGCUCCCAGGACGGGGGUCCCCACCACGGCGCCCGUUCCUCUUCUCCUCCCUUCUCUGCCCUGGGAGCCCAGCCUGCGUUCCCCAGUGGCCUCGCGAGCUUGUCCACGCAGGCUCCCGGGUGGUCAGAGAGCAGAGACCUCCAGGCUGGGGCACCAGGAGUCUCGACUCGUUUUUGGCAAAUGGACAACGAGGCCCCGCCUCACCUUCCCAGGCCCCGUUCAGCAGAGUUCUGCCUCAGGGAUUGGCUCCAGUGUUGGGGCCUCCCCCACGCCCAUGGCCUCCCUCCCGCCCAGGCGGGGGCCACCCCAGGACCCGCUCCCGCUGGGGCACUGUUUGUUUUUUACCAGUUUCUAUCAUGGUCCUAAUUUUUAAAAGUAACGCUAACUUUGUAUGGAUGACGUCUCCGAUGUAUUAAAUGGUCU